AUGGCAACGGGAGGAGCAACUGGUGGGCGUGUAAUACCGUUUAUGUCACUAAUACCGCCAGGUACUCCUGCUGCACCCACCGUUCUGCCUGGAGGCCCAACUGCUGCUGGACCUGGUAAGAAGAGUCAAUUAUCAGCACUAAUAUAUUUAAGGGACGUAAUUUAUUAAACUGAACCCACCCUUGAUGCAGACUACCACGUAUGGAACAGUACAUUAAUUUAUUGGUUGACGCCUUUGUCAUGCUAUUGAUUCUUAAAAAGGGCAAAAGCAGCUGUCCAUGGAUGGCAUGGGGGCCAAUUGCCCCUGCCGCUCUCAAUGAUUUUCUUUGAAACGGCUAUUUUUUUCCUUUUAAACGACUGAUGGACAAAUUAGAUGAGUCAACUUCUUUUUGAAUUGUUCUGAUUUUUAUGCCAUAUUCUUUUAGCCAGCAGUUUUGACCUUGAAAAGAACCAAAAGAGAUGGGUCGUGAUCGGGAUUUGCUUGAACAGACUUCUCUUACCAGUCCUCCGGGAUUUUGUGGCUCAAGAAAUUCCCAAACACUACGCAUCCCUGAAGACUGCACAUGGAAUUGACUCUCAAGUCUAUGGAAAACAUUCGGUUCAUGAUGGACCAUUUCAGCUUAACUAUGGAAGCAUCAACAAUAAUUGGUGCAAUUUUAAGAAAAAAGUGCGUUCAUAUGAUUACAAAGUUGGAACAGCUGAAGACUUGGCUAAACUUUAUCUUGAGCCACACAUGGCCAAGUUUACAGGUACUUAAAACAAGAGCGUGCCGAAUGACAUGUCCUUUUAACAAAUAGUGUAUGCGAAUCAGUUUUCUUGCUUUAAACGUACAGUUGCGAAAACUAGAUCAUCUCUCUUUGGAAAUAUCACAAAUUCCUUCCAAUAUUAAAAGCCAAAUUGAGGGCCAAAAGCUAGAAAACUGCAUUGAAGAAUGUCAUCUACGCUUACUUAGUGAGGAUCAUUAGGCAGACAGGUUCAGGGACAACACCACUUUUGAAAAUUCUGCUCAGCAGUGGGUCUUCUAUGAGGAGCGUACUAACUAUGCCAUAUAGUAGUAAAAAUUUUGAUUCAUACACAUUAUACUGCUUGUAUUGGACAAGAUGCUGUUUUGACUUCACUACACAACAUCAACAGACAAAACGUAAUGGCAAAUAAGUUUAUUUUGAGACGGCUUAGCGAGAACCAACCCUACAAAGUACAAAGUACUUAUGUAAAUACAAUAAUAGGUGAUAACUGGUGAAUACCUAAUGUACAACACUUGUAAACUAGCUUUCACAAAAAGAAAAAACUCGUGCUACAAAUGGUCGCUCUUGACCUGAAUCUCCCAGUUAAGCACGCGGGCUUAGUGCCAAUUAGGCUGCCAGUUAUUCUGGAGAAACUAAUUAACAAAACUCUGACAACGGAUAACUGGCACAGGGAACACGGUAGGAGCACAGAGGCUAAGCAAAAAGAAAAACUGUUACAACUGGUCGAUCUCGACCUGAAUCCCCCUAAUAAGCACGCAGGCUUAGUGCCAGUUAGGCUGCCAGUUAGGGUGGGGAAACUAAUUAAUAAAACUCUGACAAAGCAUAACUGGCACAGGGAACACGGAAGGAGCACAGAGGGUAAGCAAAAAAAAAGAACUGCUACAACUGGUCGAUCUCGACCUGAAUCCCCCAAAGAAGCACGCAGGCGUAGUGCCAGUUAGGCUGGGGAAAUUUGAUAAAACUCUGAUCAACGGAUAACUGGGACCGGGAACAAUUCAGGAGCACAGAGGCUGAGUGCCAGGAAAACAGGGAAUUAUCUUCACUAAUGUACCCAACAAGGCACGUAGCCCAAUAACCAGUAAGGCUGCCAUAAAGGGCUAGGGCAGGACAUUGAGGGUAAACAAAUGGAUAACGACCCUGGCUAGAGGUCUGUAACAUUGUCUGCAACCUAACUGCGUCAAGCGAGACUUAUGUCGCCUCCUAAAGAGCGGUUCCGGGGCAGCUGGCCUAGGCAUACAUAGAAACUAAAUAUAUCAAGUAAAGGACCAGGUGCAAAAGUGAGAUAACUGUACAAGUACAUAAAAUAAGAAACGGAAAAAAGCUGAAAACUAGCAGAGCUGAGCUACCGCUUACAAACUGAAGUAAAUGCGGUCAGACGGAGGCCAGAAAAAACCUGCCCAAAAAAACCCCGAAGCGAAAAAAUGCGGGCAGGAAAUCUGGGUAGGAGCCAAGGCUCAAUCUCAAAGCCCUUCCUACGGGACUUUACAAUGUAAUCGAGAAUAGGUUGCCCCUAAAAAUAAACAAAACAAAAAUUUAAGAAAAACAAAAGAGAGGUUGGUUCGUAAACCUAGAUGACGUACACGUGAUAUACGCAGCCUAAUAUACUCAGCACAACUAUUCCCGCUUUUGUUGUGUCAGUCGUGCAAUUUGUAUGCAAUCUGAUAUUAUUUCAACUUGAUCUGCAUGUGAAAAACCGAAAGUUUUCAACUGAAACGAAGUCAACUCCAUCCUCAAGUUCACCUGAAGGCUAAUGGUUUACUUGGAAAACAAAGGCAUGCGUCUCUCAAACUUUUAACCACGCAAUUUAAAUUCGGAGCUAUUUUUAUGCUUAAGGUACAGGGCUACUUCUUUUUGGGGAUCGUUUUAACUCCAUAUUUACUCCAAUCAUGGAGGUAACUUUUUGACACUGCGGAUGAUAUAUAUAACUCCACCUCGGUAGUCCUAACUGUUUGAAAUGCACUGUGCAUUUGUAGGAUUUGAUAACACAUGUGACCUGUCAGCAGUCCUGGGGAUUCUGGAGAGGGCGUCUGUUUUUCACAAUCGUGUCCAGACCAAUGCCAAGGAUGUGCGCUCUAAAGUAAGAAAUGAGUGGGGACACUGCAACUUUGACCACUGGACUGAGCUAGAGUUCCAGACCAGUUUUCAAAUUAUGGAGACCAUGGUUCGUUCACUGGGGCUACCAAAGGCUGACGAAGACAAACAACUUGAUGAACUUCAAGAUUGGGAAACUAAGGGUACGUAUUACUGAACGGGUAAGGGAUUGGACGUAUAUACCAACUUUACAUCAAAGAUAAAGUUAUAUCAGAUGUUCCUUUGGGGGGUGGGGGGGGGAGGGUGGCUUAAUUACAGACAUGACGAGAAACAUAGAGGGCGUUUGUGUUUAUUGAUUUUUUGGGUGUUGCAUUAAUUUACUAGAUGGCAAUCUUAAUUUAUAGGCUUACAACUGUGCAUGGGCUGCCCAGUGGAUAAGGAUUUAAUGAAGCUUAUCAGUGUUGAAGUUUGCAACCUGGAAAAGGAGGUGGAUAAUUUAAAGCAAUUCAGCGCCGAUGAAGCCAACAAGAUAAGUGCUGCCCUUCAAAUUAUCAGAGUCGAAAUUGAUAACUUUGACAAGCGAAUAACUGAGAUUGAAAGAAAAGUGGAGGCAGAACGAAACGAGCGAAUAGAAAAAGAGGAGGCUUUGUCGGAUGCAAUUGCAGAUAUUUCAAGUAACGUUGUAGAAGUAGACAAACGUAUAGAUGCUAAUGAAGGGGACAUUGCUCUGUUGCAAGAAAAGCAAAGCGAUUUAGAAACAACUGUAUCGUUUGUUACAGAUGAACAAGCUCGUUUAACUGCUGAUGUAGGGGCUUUAAAAAGGGAGCAAAGUCAGUUAGAUGCGAGGGUUGACGCCCUAGAAAAGGGGAGUUCCAAGAGAACAAAUGCUAAAAUUUUUCAAGUACCCAGCCGCAAUCGUUGCUUUUGUGGUCGCGAUAGGGAAUUAGAAGCAAUUGUAGCGCAACUAAAAAACACCCCAAAUGGAUGUAUACACUCAGCUAUUUGUGGUCUCGGUGGUGUUGGUAAAACGUCUCUCGCAGUAGAAUUUCUUUGA